UUAUGUGGAAUUUUUUACACACCAAUCCACGGUCACUCUAAGCCAGCCGGCAUUUACCAAAAACAGAAUAAUGGCAGAUAAAAAGGUUGGCGGCAACAACGACGGCAAGGAGAAGCGCCGCAAGGAGUCGAUUCUGGACCUCUCCAAGUAUUUGGAGAAACAGAUCCGCGUGAAAUUCGCGGGCGGCCGCGAGGCAUCCGGAAUUCUCAAGGGCUACGACGCUUUGCUCAAUCUGGUGCUGGACAACACAGUGGAGUAUCUGCGGGACUCCGACGAGCCCUACAAACUGACCGAGGACUCCACCCGAAGUCUGGGACUGGUGGUGUGCCGUGGGACAGCUUUGGUCCUCAUUUGUCCACAGGACGGAGUCGAGAGUAUCGCGAAUCCCUUCAUAACGCAAUAAUCGGAGGAACAGUAGGUCUAGACUAAGUACAAAAAGCGUUUGUGGAAAUGGGUUUAAAUAUAUUUAGCGGAGACAUACGUAUAAAUAA